AUGCCGGGUAUCCACAAGAUCAUCAACGGCGUCAUCCGGUUUCGACAAACCGUUCGGCAGCAAUUGGUGGCUCUUUUCUAUGCUGAAGUCAUAAGAAUUCAGAACGUUUCAGGUGACUCAAUUCGAGCGCAUUCGCGACAAUCCGAACCCGACCGCCGUUUUCUUCACUUGCAUGGAUUCCCGUAUGCUUCCCGCAAGGUUUGUCUCAAAAUUUGGGAUGCAGAUGAUCGGAAAGUUUGGAAGAAAUGGAACUUUUGCUUUUUUUUCCACCUGCCUGAAGUAUCUGAAGUUCAAGAAAGCUCUAUUUUCAAUUGGAAAUUCCGAAAGUAAUAAAAAUUUGGGAAAGAAGAAAAAAACAGCUUGAUCGGCGAGAUUUCGUCCAUCAUAGAGAAUCUCGAGAACUUACUGAAGCCUAUAAGAUUCUAUGGCACAGUUUGAUUUGAAAGCUUUGAUAUGCCUGAGGUUUGAUGAAGUCGGACCGCUGAAGGCCAUUGGAAUCAGGAAGAAUUGAGUAUAAUUUUAUAUUUUCUAUUAGAAAAAGUAAGAAGAAUGCUUGAAGGAUCACGACGAGCCAAGUCGGCGACAUGUUCAUCGUGCGCAACUCGGGGAACAUGAUUCCUCACGCGAAAAACUACGGCCCGGCAGGUUUCGAAGUCUCAGUGACGACUGAACCCGCGGCUCUGGAACUGGCCGUCAAGCGCGGCAAGAUCAAGCACGUCAUCGUCUGUGGACAUUCCGAUUGCAAGGUCUUCAUUUACUUUUUCUCAUAUAAUCUGUUCGAAACUCCUUGUUGGAGUUUUUCAAACGCGCAGAAGUCACAUGAUACCUCACAUAAAGCUGAAAAUACCUUUUCGCUUUCACAUUUUUCAAUAUCCGUUAAGAUUUUCAAAUAUUUUUCAAUGCGCGAAUGAAUAAUUUUCUCGAGAUACCGUGCAAGCUUCACCUCUUGUAGAUGGCCCCUCAAUCGUUUAGUUUAGUCUUUCAGAUGCACUUUUUGAAUAAUUUUUCCAUUUUUUCUAUUGUAUAUAUCAUUUUCGAUGUUUUAAAAGUUAAUUUUUCUGUGUUAUUGAUAUUUUUCAGGCCAUCAACACCCUCUACAAUCUCCACACUUGUCCAGGAGCUUUUGAUCCACAAUCACCGAUGGAUCAUUGGCUACGGAGGUCGCUUCAAAAUUUAAAGAUGGUUGAUAAAUUUCUCUCAGGCAUGGAUUCCAUUCCUUGAGAAGACUGGAAGAGCGAUUGAAGGCUGAAAAAAAGACGCCGCUCGAAUUUGUGGUGGAUAACCCGCUUUUCAGGUUGAUUUUGAUGUUAUUUUUAAGAAUGGAACUGAAAAAAAGCCUUUUUUGGGAAAUUAUACUUUUGUCAUCUAUUUUUGUUGUUGAAAAACUUUUUGAAGGCGUUUUUGGUCGCAACUUUUCAAGUUAUUCUUAGAGCUUCACUGAAUUUCGAAUGAAACAGGUUUUAAUAGCAAUUUUUGCCGUUCAAGGUUCAGAAGCUCGUAUAAGAUUCUUUUUUCGAGUUUGAAAAAUUCUGAAUUUUCGAGUGAAAUCACCUUCCUUGUCAUUUCAAUCUCUCAUAUUUGAGCUGAAAUCUUCAGUUUCUCUGCUAUCAUCGACGAGGAAGACAAGCUAAACGUCGAGGACAAACUUUCCCAAAUCAACACUCUUCAGCAACUCGAAAACGUCGCCAGCCAUGGAUUCUUGAAAGUGACCCCAAUUUCCUCAUUUAUUCUUCUAAAUCCGAGUUCCAGGAGUUUCUAGAAACCCACGCCGUCAACUUACACGCCAUGUGGUUCGAUAUCUACACAGGUUAACUUACCGUAAUUUCCCUCAAAUACAAGAUUUUCCAGGCGAAAUGCACAUGUUCAGCAAAGGAAAGAAGCGCUUCAUUCUGAUCGACGAAUCGACGGUCGAAGAAUUGCUCGGCGAAAUCGAGAAAACCACUAGAUGA